AUGGCUAAUCGCUCUGGUAUUUCUUCAAUUGAACUUCUUGUCUUCCCGGGACUCCCUGAGAAAUAUGAGAUUCUGGUAUCUGUGGCAAUGUUCCUCAUCUUUAACAUAUCAUUGAUUACAAACGGCACUGUGAUAUUACUGAUAUUUUUACAACGGAAUCUACACCACCCGAUGUACGAGUUCAUUGGAAAUCUCGCUCUCUCAGACCUGCUAUUUGACACGAUCACCUUGCCCAAAAUUGUUGCCAAGUACUGGAAUGGAGAUGGAUCAAUGUCUGUACCAGGAUGCAUCACUCAGUUAUUUUUUGUCCACUAUCUCGGGACACUUGACUCCUUUCUCAUCAUGGUGAUGGCUUUUGAUCGUUAUGUUGCCAUUUGCAAUCCGCUGAGAUAUUCCUCCAUAGUAACCAAUAAGUUUGCUGCCAUUCUCUGUAGCCUUGUCUGGAUUUUAGCUGCAACAUCCCCAUCUCACAGCACAAUCAGGAGUGCACAAUUCAAUUACUGCGGAAACAAAAUUAAGAGUGGGUUCUGCUCCACUGUAAGCGUGUUCAGUUUGGCAUGCACUGACUACUCUACUGCCCUACAGAUAUCCACUUCUCUUGGUGUGUCUGUGCUUCUUGGGCCUCUCCUUUUUAUCAUAUUGUCAUAUAUAAUCAUCAUUAAGGCAAUCCACUCAUCAGCUAGAACCCAGAGUUGGCAGAAGACAUUUCAGACUUGUACCACUCACUUGUCGGUUAUAUGUAUGUACUAUAUUCCACGUGUAACUCUUUAUUUGACAAAUCUGUUUCGAGUAUCUAUUAAUGCUGAUAUUAAUGUCUUAAUUCUUUUCCUCUAUACUUACUUCCCUCAUUUAGCAAAUCCUAUUAUAUAUUGUCUGGGGACCGGAGAAAUCAAAAACACUCUUCAAUCUUUGUUGAAACCAAAAGCUAGCUUUCAAAUUAAUGACAAAGAGAAUACUGUGCAAAAAAAGAAAAUAAAAAUAAAAACCCACAAACAAAGAGAUCCAAAAGGAAAACAUCAUCCAUUCAUAAUGCAGGAGCGUCUGGAGUUGGUGGAUUGGUGUCUUCCAAGGGAGACUGGUAUGUCAAGGGACUACCGCAACCAACUGGAGACCUAUUAUGGGACUCAUGGACAACAGAGUAAUCACCAUAAAGAUCAAGAUAAAGCUGGAAGGAGAUCUAUUUUCUUUGAAAAUCCAAUGGCUAAUCAUUCCAGCGUUUUCUUAUUUGAACUUGUUGGUUUUCCAGGACUCCCUGAAAAGUACGAGAUGCUGGCUUCCGUAGCAAUGUUCCUUGUCUACUGUAUAUCAUUGAUGGCAAAUGGAACAGUAAUAUUACUAACUGUUUCACAACAGAAUCUACAACAACCAAUGUACAAAUACAUUGGGAAUCUUGGUCUCUCUGACUUGUUCUUUGACACAAUCACCAUGCCCCAAAUCAUUGUCAAAUAUUGGUAUGGAGUUGGAUCAAUAUCGGUUACAGGGUGCAUCACCCAAAUGUAUUUUGUCCACUUCUUUGGUAGUCUAGAUUCUUUUCUCCUUCUACUGAUGGCUUUUGAUCGUUAUGUUGCCAUUUGCAAACCUCUGAGAUAUAAUUCUAUAGUAACCAAUGAACUUACCUUAAUUCUCUGUAGCCUCACCUGGAUUUUAACUGGUCUGACCCCAAUAUACCAUGCCUUUAAAGGUGCAACUUUUAAUUACUGCGGCAAUAACAAAAUCUCGAGUUGUUUCUGCUCUAUUGUAUACUUGUUCAACUUGGCGUGUGCUGACUUGACUAGUGUCCUACAAAUAUCCACUGCUAUUGCUAUGUCUGUGCUUCUUGGGCCUCUGUCUUUCAUCGUAUUGUCCUAUAUUGUCAUCAUUAAGACGAUCCACUCGUCAUCCAGAUCAGAGAGUUGGCAGAAGGUGUUUCACACUUGUACCACUCACUUGUUGGUCAUUGGUUUGUAUUACAUUCCACGUGUAACGCUUUAUUUCAGUAUCAUGUUUCGUGUAGUUAUUAAUGCUGAUAUAAAUGUCUUAAUUCUUUGUCUGUAUACUUAUAUCCCCCAUUUAGCAAAUCCUGUUAUAUAUUGUCUUAGGACAGAAGAAAUCAAAAAGACUCUACAAGGUGUCUUUAAAGUAAAGGUUUCUCCCCAAGUUAAAGCAACACUAUAG